AUGGCAACACCUACUCGAUUGUUGUUUGCCACCUUUCAGCCCAAGGGAUUCAGCGCUUCAGAAUCCUCUUGGACGACACGGUACAUGAUCUCUCACCCCGCUGUAGCCAGCAACUUCCACGCCUGCAAGGAGAAUCCGGAGGAGGACGAUGUUAUCGUGGGCGACGACACGGACUUCCUGAAGAUGGUGGAAAUCAUUGAUCUGGGCGAUUCCCUCCCAAGAGAUGAGCCUGAAAAUGGAGAUGCUCCGUUGGAGACGCAGGAACUCGUGCGGAAUCCUAUGCCAUUGUAUAGCGCGACGGCCCCAGAGUAUGAUCAGAUGCUAGAUGCCGAGGCCCGGGCCACCGGUCCUCAAAGUAGCACGGUCGAUGAGUCAGGAUUUGAUGCGGUUGCUGUGGUUUGGGAGACCUUGGUGAAGAAAUGGUCGGCGGAGGGUGCUGAGAAAGUUGACCAACUCGUGGAUUUCUGUGUUUGGAAGAUGGUGAGAUGGCUGGUGAGUCGAAAGCAGCCGCCUUUCUUUAAAAGCCCUUCGAUGCAACUUUUUCUGAUGCAGCUCUGGCGGACAAAGGCAGCAGCUGACGGCAUCAAAAAGCUGCAGCUGCAGCAAGUCUACAGUGAUGGGGGAGUGACGUUGGACCCACUGUUUUCCAAGAUCUUCAGCAAGGAUAGCAAGGCCGACUUCAUGUGCUACAGUGGUGGUGGAGAUUUGUUUGUGCGUGGUGUGCAGGAAUAUCAGUUCCUACAUGGCGACAUGCGCGACAUGCAGAUGAAUCCAGAUGAUGUGAUGAUGCCUCCGCCAUUCCUCUUGGUCAACUUCUGCGUCCAAGCGUUGACGACCAAUGGCCGCAUCCGCAUGGUGCCAGGGAAGACGGAGCUGGACUGGGAUCGGAGGACUGAGGAUUGGAGCAGACCAUAG